AGGCGGAGCGGCGGGUCCUGUCCUCUCCAUGAGGCCGCAGCAGGCGCCGGUGUCCGGGAAGGUGUUCAUCCAAGGAGACUACAGCAGCGGCACACGCUGCCAGUUCCAGACCAAGUUCCCCGCGGAGCUGGAGAACAGCAUUGAUAGACAGCAGUUUGAAGAAACAGUUCGGACUCUAAAUAACCUUUAUGCAGAAGCAGAGAAGCUUGGGGGCCAGUCAUAUCUUGAAGGCUGUUUGGCUUGUUUAACAGCAUAUACCAUCUUCUUAUGCAUGGAAACUCAUUAUGAGAAGGUCCUGAAGAAAGUCUCCAAAUACAUUCAGGAACAGAAUGAGAAGAUAUAUGCUCCCCAAGGCCUCCUCCUGACAGACCCCAUUGAGAGAGGACUCCGAGUUAUUGAAAUCACCAUCUAUGAAGACAGAGGUGUGAGCAGUGGAAGAUAAACCAGAGAAUUAAAGAUCCCGCCUCCAGCUGGAACCUUCGUCUAUCCACUGGCUGAUGGCAGAGUGUCCCUACCUCCUCUCCAGAGCGUUAUUCUCUUGUAUCUGCUGCCAGAGCCAUGGUGCCACACCUGGAGUGACCUCUUGUCACUCAGCAUCCACUUCGUGUCUCCCAAUUGUGUAGGACUCUGUAAUCUUUUGAUUCGUUUCAAGAAAAUACAAGGAAGCAUUUCACUUUUUAAAAUUCAAAGCCAUUUAAAUAAUAAGCAGUUGGUCAGCCCAAGACAAAGUCUUUUUCUUACCUGACACCAGUAUCAUUGGUUCUGUUCAUUCCCUGGACCAGUUUCCUAGGUGACUUUGUAAUUCAACAAGUCAUGAUUUAGCACAGUUACUCCCCCACAUUAGUGACAGGCUUUGAGGGUGUGUCACACAUGUGCUUUGGCUGAUGCACCACCCAGAUCUCCAAAAGCUGCAGGUCUUGACGUGAUUCCGAUCUUAAGAUUGAUUUCUGCUGUUCAAUUUCAGAA